CGCUUCGACUCGUCAAGCCACCUGCAGGUCCGCUGCUGCGACGUCCAUCGCCGUUCAAUGUCCACUGCUCCUCGCACAUAAUUCACAAGUUUCUCUUGACUACGAUAGCCAAAGCACGUACAAUGCCGUCCUCAUCCUCUCCCAGCUUGGCAGACUUCUCUACCUGCGAGCUGUCUGACGCGCUCGUCAAGAUCGGUCUGCCCCACGGGGGCUUCAUACCUGAUAUGAACAUGUUUUCACCACAUUCUGGCGCGUCAAACAUGCGGAUAUGUGGACCAGCAUACACUGUGCAGAUGGUCCCAGCUUCCGACAAGUCGAGCCCCCGCCCUCCUGCUCACUUCGUCGAUACCGCACCUCAAGGCUCCGUGAUUGUCAUCGAUGCACCACCUCAAACGAAGAACGCUGUCUGGGGAGGACUCAUGACGGCCGGUGCCCAAGCACGAGGUGCCGUUGGUGUGGUCAUCUCAGGCCGCUGCAGGGAUCUAGCCGAGCACCGUAGUGCCGGUUUUCCAGUAUUCGCCAGAGGCCAUUCCACCCUCGGACAAUCACCCUUCACGCGCCCCUCUGCGGUGAAUGUGCCUCUCACCAUCCAACCCCAGUUCUCUUCGGAUGCGUUCAAGGUUACAUUCGAGGCGGUGCACGUCGAGCCGGGAGACUACGUGGUGGCAGACGAAGACGGAGUCGUGUGCGUUCCCGUUGGUCUGGUUGACAGAGUGUUGGAGCUGGCAGCUAAGGGUAGAGAGAUCGAUGCUCGGUGCAUGACCGACAUUGUGGCAGGGUCGGGUGUUCAGGAAGCCUUCAAGAGACAUAGGGGCAAGUUGUGAGUCUUGUGUCAUGUAGAAUGUGUGUAUGUACGAUUGGGAAGAUACCACUACCAAGCUAACGUUCAUACCACUUGUGGAGGUGAAGCACUAUGAUGAAUGCGGCGCCCAGCCAGAACAAUAAUGGCUGCACAUCGGCUUGCCUCGGUUCAACUGGCGAUGAACCUGUGAGCUACUGCCUCUUGGUUUGCGUAUGGGAUAGUGCAAUACGCACCCUCAAGUUCAUUGCCAUCGAAACGUUCCCGUCCAUGCCAACUUAGGCUCGUGACCAGCCGU